AUGUUAUGCGGUUUACUUUUUAAACAUUCUCAAGGACUUCUCGCAACGAUUUCGCGUUUGUUACAGCACACCUAUGGAAAAUUUUGUACAAAGACUAAGCAUUUUCUUGUUUCUUCAGCAUUAAAAGCGAUAAGAGAAAAGAAAUGCAAAGCAGCACUUGCAACUUUAACAUUUUAUGAUAGAAAAGUUUUGGAUGAAUAUUGGAUAAAUAUUUAA